GCGACGUCAGAGCUAAGCGCAGCUCCGCUUUGCGUCGUCACUCAAUACGGGCUCUUACGGCGGCAUCACAUCAGUUUAUCGUGCGGUCUUGCGGUGUGACGACGUGCUGUGCCGUUUUGCCGUUGAAAAUUUUACGUUUACGUCGUUUAAUACGUUACGUUUGCACGGAUUACGUGUGUUGGUUGUCAAAAAAACAAAGCGUGUAUUUUGCAUAUUGUUUUUGUUAUUGCAUUGUCGUGCUUCAUUUUCUAACUAAACAGAUGUACGUACGCCUUACUCGAGUAAUUCACCUGCCGACGGCUUGUGUUGUGGCCGCUUAUCAGCCAUGGCUUUAUUGAUAACCGAUUGUGACGGAAAGUUGUUAUGCGCUCGCGUCGCUCGUGCUUACAAACACACAUAACUGCAGAUUUAACGUGUGCAAUUUAACGGUAGCUGCUACACGUUGGCAAAAUUUUGUUUUCACUUUAAAUGGAAAUUGAUAUAUUUUUAAAGUGUGUGUGGGUGAUUUAAGCUGACAAUUGGAAAUAUUUGCAGAAAAUACAAUUUGAGAUAAACAAAAAUAUAAAAAAGAAUUAUCCUGAAUUUAAUGUAAAAGAAACAAUAAAAAAAUAAUAUUCUAAAAAUAUAUAAUACAUAUAUCAAUGAUAAAAUAUAUGUCACCCUGUACUGUGUUAAAUGCUUUUAACCACUAAAAAUCGUUCGUGAAUUUCGAAAAAAAAGUGUUAUAAUUAAAAAAUAUAUACCAUACUCUUGUAUAAAUAAUAUAAAUAUAUAUAAUUAAAAGUGCUUUUAGUUAAUUGACAAAGAAGAAAGAAAUACAAAUAAAUACGAUAUAUGCUUAUGUGCAUAGUGUUUACACAAAACGCUCUGAACUUACCGCUGCAUAACCCACAACUCUUGCAAUUUUACAGUUAGGCGCAUCGCCUUCGAGUUGUGGGCCCAAAAUUUACAUUUCUCUCUCAAGCUGGGAUUACAAACCGCCAAAAUUGUGGAGGCACUUAAAAUGAAGACUGAGCUGCGUUCAUGCGCGGCGUGUGGAGAGCCAAUCUCGGAUCGGUUUUUUCUCGAGGUUGGCGGUUGUUCGUGGCAUGCCACCUGUUUGCGCUGUUGCGUCUGUCAAUGCCCGCUCGAUCGACAGCAAUCGUGUUUCAUCCGCGAACGACAAGUCUAUUGCAAAGCAGACUAUGGCAAACACUUUGGCGCAAAAUGCUCAAAAUGCUGUCGUGGCAUCUCUGCAACGGAUUGGGUGCGUCGCGCACGUGAUCUCGUCUUCCAUUUGGCGUGCUUCGCGUGCGAUCAGUGCGGACGACAACUCUCCACCGGCGAACAAUUUGCUCUGAUCGACGAUCGGGUGCUGUGUAAGGCGCAUUACCUGGAAACGGUCGAGGGUGGCACCACAUCAAGUGACGACGGCUGUGAUGGCGAUGGUUAUCAUAAAAGUAAAACGAAACGCGUACGCACCACCUUCACCGAGGAGCAAUUGCAGGUGCUGCAGGCCAACUUUCAGAUCGACAGCAAUCCGGAUGGACAGGAUUUGGAGCGCAUCGCCUCGGUGACCGGUCUCAGCAAGCGUGUAACGCAAGUUUGGUUUCAGAAUUCGCGAGCGCGACAAAAAAAACAUAUUCAUGCUGGUAAGAAUAAAAUGCGUGAACCCGAAGGAAGCUCAUUUGCCCGCCAUAUUAACCUGCAGUUAACGUAUUCAUUUCAGAAUAACCAGAAUGCUAUGCACCUGAACGGCAACUCAAAAGGAUUAUAUCCAGCGCAUGAAUCGUCCAUGGAUGAACUAUCCCAGGACUCGAGUGUGCAUUGCAUGCAAAGCGAGGUGUGACUGGAGCAUUUGAACCACCAUUAAAGCGGGCAUACAUACAAAAAUAUGUUCAAAACUUUUGGUGGAAUCGGAAAUACAGCUACACACACACAUACGCUCAUAUAAUUAAGUGCGCACCUAGGAAAUCACAUUUCGCAGGAAUUUGUGUUUAAAAGCACAGAAAUUUGAAAACUCAAACCCAGUUAAACACGUAAAAAAUCAAAAAACGUCCUAACCUAGUCAAAAUUAUGAAAACAAAAACAAAAUAAUUGUAAACAAAUUAAAUAUGGAAUUUGAGAAACGUCCAAGAAAAUGGCUAACUGCAAAUGGUAAGCAAAAAACGAGACGCGAACAACUAUGCCAAGCAAUUCUUAUGCCCGGUGGCCAGUAUUACAUGUGAAAUAUAUUUCAUUAUUUUUUCGAAACUUACAGUGAAGUUAAAUUUUAUUUUAAUUUGAGAUUUUUUUCUUUUAUAAAAAAUUAAAAUAAUUAAAAUCCAAUUUUGGUACAAAAAAUUAAUAAUUUUGUAGAAAAAAACUAAUAAUUUUGUCAUAAAAAAAUUUAAAUAAAAUUGUACUUAAAUUCCUUUAACUUUCCGAAAAUCAUGAAAGUCAACCUUGAAGAGCAACACAAAUCAAUUCUAACUUUAGGCUCAGCAAAAAACAACACUAAAUAUUUAUAAAUAAAUGAUAAUUAUAUAAUAGUAAUUAUCGUGACGCAACCAGUUCAAUUGAGUGCCGCUGCCGCCGGUUGCUGUGUGCACGCUCAAAGUGUGCCAAUACAUACAAACACAUAUGCGCCGCCGCAGCGUCGUCAUUUCCAUGUAAAAAAGUUAACUCACCUUAACGCUAACAUUCCUUAAUUGUAAUUUAAGAUUUCCUUAGAAUUUACUUUAAAUCAAUUAUAACUGUUAAGUUUAGCAAAACAAACAAACCAAUCUAUAUAUAGUAUAUGUAUGUACACACACUUAACUAGGACCCUGUAAAUAAGACCUCGUUUGCACCUGAUAGAAAAAAAUCAUAAAAAUUAAAAAAAAAAUACAUUCACACACACACAUUUAAGAUCUGCAUAAAUUUAGGUUUGUAUAUACAUAUAGUUGAGCUAGCGUAUACGCCUAAAAUUAGUUAAUAAAAAGAAAAAAAAAUAUUUUUUUCUCACUAAAAUAUUUUUAAACUUAUUUAUAUAUAUUAUAUGUAUAACUGUGUAUGUACCUUAUUCAUAAUCACUUUGACUCACACAGCCUACACUUGUACGUUUGUAUGUAUUAAAGCUUCGUAACGCCUUUCUGAAAAUCUAACAUUAAGCUAUUGUAAAAUAUUUAAUGUACAUACAUACAUACAUACUUACAUGCACACAGCCUACACUUGUACGUUUGUAUGUAUUAAAGCUUCGUAACGCCUUUCUGAAAAUCUAACAUUAAGCUAUUGUAAAAUAUUUAAUGUACAUACAUACAUACAUACUUACAUGCAGACAUGUAUGUUAAUUGCAUAUACUUAUAUAAUAUUAUUAAAAAAAUUGUUAUUGUUUAUUUCUUGUUUUUUAAAUUUGUAAACAAAUAAAAUUAUACUCUAACUUAUAAUUAAGUUGUACACCAAUGUAUAAUAGAGAGAGCAUUAAUUGUAAAUUGAGUAUACUUGCCAACAUUAUGUAAUAUUAAAAUAAAAAAUGAAAGAAUACUAAACAAAUUAUAAAGAAUCUAAAAGCUAGUUAACACAAAUUAUAAAAUACAAAACUAAAUACAGAAAAAAAAAACUAUUAAAAGAAUUUUUAAAAGAAA